AUGGAGUUCCUCUGUCGACACCUCGUCCGUUGUUGUAUCCGUCCUCGAGGUCGUGAUCCUACCCACUGGGACCGAGUAGGUCUCUACAGUGACGAGGAGGACGGGCGGGAGACGGAGGUUAUAAUGCCUCUUUACACCUUCGCCCAACCACAGCCGCAGACAGCGGUGAAAUUGGAUCUCGCUUCAGCCGGUCAGUUUGCAGUGAUUGUGAAGAACAGUACGCGUCUAUGUGGUAGUGGAGCAGCCCGAGCCACUGCCCCAAUUGUGCAAGACAAGGCCUACUUUGAGGUGAAAUUGCAGUCAGCGGGCAUGUGGGCUGUUGGUCUGUGUCACCCUAAGGCCAAUCUGAACGUGGCAGAUGACGUCCGAAGACAGAAUUCGACAUGGGUUCUAUUCCAUGACGGCAUCAUCUACCACGACUCCAUCCCUCUUAUGGAAUUGGAGUCACAUGGAGGAACCUCACCAGCAUUAGAGGAAGGCGAUGUUCUGGGUGUUUUCUAUGACCACACUGAACUUCGAUUCGCCAUUAAUGGAGUGCCACAGUACUUCCUCGAUCACGGGCUUCGAUGUACCGGGGUAACAAGCGUUCGAGGCACCGUCUAUCCUCUGUUGGCUGCUGACGAAGGCGCAGUUCUGGACGUUCGCUUCACCAGCUUCCAGUAUCCACCCAGGGAGGGAGGAUAUACAGAAAUCCGGUUGGAGCAGAACAUUCUGUAA